CGGGGAUGUGGAGAGCGGGCAUGGCCGCCGGGGACGGGCUGGGCCCGGCGCUCCGCGCCGUCACCGAGCAGCUGCAGCAGGCGGCGGCGCGGCGGCCGCAGGGGCUCCCGGCCGUGCAGCCGCGGCUCGUGGCCGUCAGCAAGACGAAGCCGGCGGAGAUGGUGAUGGAGGCGUACGGGCACGGGCAGCGCAGCUUCGGGGAGAACUACGUUCAGGAGUUGCUGGAAAAGGCAUCAGACUCAAGAAUUCUGUCAUCUUGUCCAGACAUCAAGUGGCACUUUAUUGGCCACCUGCAGAAAAACAAUGUCAACAAGCUGAUUGCUGUCCCAAACCUGUUCAUGUUGGAAACAGUGGAUUCUGUGAAGCUGGCAGACAGAGUCAACAGCUCGUGGCAGAAAAAAGGGACAUCCCAGAAGCUGAAGGUCAUGGUGCAAGUUAACACGAGUGGGGAGGACAGUAAGCAUGGCCUUCCCCCUGGAGACACCACGGCUGCCGUGGAGCACGUGAUCAACAAGUGCCCCAGCCUGGAAUUCGUGGGGCUGAUGACGAUCGGCAGCAUCGGGCACGACCUCAGCAAGGGCCCAAAUCCUGACUUCCAGAUGCUGCUGUCCCUGCGGCAGGAGGUGUGUGAGAAGCUGAAUCUCCCCGUGGAGAAGGUGGAGCUGAGCAUGGGCAUGUCCACGGACUUCCAGCACGCAGUGAAGGUUGGAUCCACGAACGUCAGGAUUGGGAGCACCAUCUUUGGAGAGCGGGAUUAUUCCAACAAAGCCGUCGGGGGCAAGGCCCCCGCUGGGAGUAAAGGCCAAAAGGAGGCUGUGACAGUGCAGGGGCAGUAGGUGGAAAACAAAACCCCUCCAGAGGAGAGACCUCGCUGCUGGGAGACCUCACUAUGCAUUUUACCUCCCUCCAUGUCGGCACCUGAUCCUGGUGGUGAGGGGGAAUUCCUCGGAGCAGAGGCCAGAAAUGCCUCAUAACCAUCGUGAUUAUAGAGCACCCCUAGAAACUGGAAAUCUUUAUAACCAACAGAUGAUAAGGAAGUUGGUGGCUGAAAGUGGCUGUGGUGUCUUGGCUCCUCAGGGUCAUCCAGGACAGAGACCUUGGGGUGACUGGGUUGGGCAAACAAGUGUUUGUCAGGCUGGAGCUGCUGCCCAGUGAGGUGGGUGUGACCUGCAGCAGUUCCAGUGAUUGUUUUCACUGAGGACUAAAUUCUUCAUUAAACAAGCUGUGAUCUUGCCAGAAACCCUUCAGUGUUUCCCCAAAUAGGAGUUUUGGACAUGGGAUGGUUAUGUGGGAGCUGGGAUAGGGCCAUGCUGUGACACUGGAGAGACCAUGGCCAUGGAAAGGGGGCGAGUGACAGGCCCCGGGGGGCUGUGAGGAGCUCAGCUGCCACCGGGAGUUCAUGGUGUGAUGUUUUGGCUGCACAUCACAAGUGUGGGAGUGUCUUUUGGGCUCAAUUCUGGUAUUUUCAGGCUGACACUCACUUUUCCCAUGGCUCCAUGUCUGCCCAGAUCUGGAAUGCUUUCCCCCUUCCCUUCCUUGCCCCUCCUCUGUUGUUGGGAAUUAUUUUCAUCCUGCCUAGUGGUUUUGACACUGUUUUUUUGGUCAGAAGGGGACUUUUUCUGCCGUGCCCCUGCCCUGCCACCAGCUUGCUGUUGCUUUCCAAGGUGAGUCCCACCUCCUCUACACCUGUGAGAGGAUAACAUGCUUGGCUCAGGGCAGCAGGGAGGUUUCUUGGGAAAAGUACUUCAGAAAGGGAAGUAUUAUUGUCCCACUGCAUUCUGGGUUCCUGAAAAAAAAAAACCCUUUGGCCACUGAGAGAGCUGUGUCUUAACAUCCUAAGUGCUGGUCCAGCCUUCCCUGCUCCUGGAAGAGGGAAAUGGGACUGUCACUGCAGUAACUUUCCUUCAGGUGUGAGCAGAAGCUCCUGUUGUCCUGUGCUGUUUGGCCAGUCUCACAACCUGUGUUGCAGCUGAUUUUUGGGCUUUUGUGGCUGCUAAGAGGAGGAGGCCUCGGCUGCCAGCAGAAACAUCCUCCCCAGGCUUUGCUCUGUGUGCGUGUGGUUAAAUCUCGCUGUUGGUUUCACUCUCUAAACGCUGAAUGUAAAUGAAGAGUCACCUCCAACACCACCCUGUUGUAGCUCUGUGGUUUAGAAGCACCGUGGGGUGGGAGCCGCCCUCCCUGCGCUGCUCCAUGUGUGGUUUCAUAGUCCAGUAAUAAAAAGUGAUGAGUUUUAAUACCAUCUGUGCCAACUCCAAAGCUAUUAAAGAUGUUAUUUUUAUGUUC